AUGACGGUCCACGGGAAACAGUGCACCAACAUUGGAGACCCUCAUGGCGGAGGCAAUGUGUGGGGCAGGGCGAUGCUCUCACCCCAACCCUCUACAGUGCCUUUACUGAUGGAAGCCUAUCGGUAGGACGCGCGAAACGUCUGCAUGAGCCGUCGAACAGAGAGAAACUCUUCAACAUCCCGAUGGAAGCGAAUUGGAGAAUUUCAGGAGCGAAGAAGAAGAAGAAGAAGAGGCGGAGGAUGAGGAGGAGGAGGAGGAGGAGGAGGAGGAGGAGGAGGAGGAACAUGCGAUCCCCAGAUCAAGGAGUUUAUUCGCCUGA